AGUGAGCUGAGCUUCGGGGGUUUCCUUGUCUGUGACUGGAGACCAUCAAGCAGGAUAGGCAGAUGAUAACAGCAUCCACUGCUGUUAAUCAGCCCUCACAUAGCUCAAUGAACUGCUCAAAAAGAAGCCACUGAUCGUGCCUGCUGCUUUUUGCAGGGCAGAGAUACUGACUUCUGCUUCAGAGCUCAAGGUCUCUUCUCCGCCAUGGUGCUAGGAAAGGUGAAGAGCUUCAUUGUAAGCUACGACUGUUUCAAUGACAGCAACGUCCCCGUGUUCUCCAGCGGGGACUGCGUCUCAGGGAGGGUGAUCAUCGAAGUCACCGGAGAAAUCCGCGUCAAGUCUCUCAAAAUCCACGCAAAGGGUUUCGCAAAAGUUCGCUGGACCGAGUCGAGAAAUGCUGGGUCCAACACUGCCUACACCCAGAACUACACGGAAGAAGUGGAGUACCUGAAUCACAAAGACAUCUUAAUUGGGCAUGAGAGAGACGAUGACAACUCAGAGGAAGGACUCACUACCAUCCAUGCAGGAAGGCAUGAGUACGCAUUCAGCCUCGAGCUUCCACAGACACCUCUGGCUACCUCUUUCGAAGGAAAGCAUGGCAGUGUGCGCUACUGGGUAAAGGCAGAGCUGCACAGGCCAUGGCUGCUGCCAUUGAAGACCAAGAAGGAAUUUACAGUCUUUGAGCACAUUGACAUCAACACUCCAUUAUUGCUGUCACCACAGGCUGGCACUGCAGACAAGACGCUUUGCUGUUGGUUCUGCACCUCAGGUCCUAUUUCCCUAAGUGCCAAAAUUGAAAGGAAGGGAUACACCCCAGGAGAGUCGAUUCAAAUCUUCGCCGAGAUCGAGAACUGCUCGUCCCGCAUGGUGGUGCCAAAGGCGGCCAUCUACCAGACCCAGACCUUCUAUGCCAAAGGGAAGAUGAAGGAGGUCAAGCAACUGGUCGCCAACCUGCGGGGAGAGUCUCUGUCGUCUGGCAAAACGGAGACCUGGAACGGCAAGAUGCUGAAGAUUCCUCCUGUUUCGCCCUCCAUCCUGGACUGCAGCAUCAUCCGAGUGGAGUACUCUCUCAUGGUCUACGUGGACAUCCCGGGGGCAAUAAACCUGUCCCUGAACUUACCCCUGGUCAUCGGAACCAUUCCACUCCAUCCGUUUGGCUCCCGCACCUCCAGCGUCAGCAGUCAGUGCAGCAUGACCUGGCUGAGCAUGGGUCUACCAGAGAGGCCUGAAGCUCCUCCAAGCUACGCAGAAAUUGUGACAGAAGAGCAGAGGCAAGGCCGCCUGGAUGCCCCAGUGGUCCGAGAGGAACUGGAGGGUCCUCUCCUGGCCUAUAUUCACGAGUUCCGCUUUCAGCCCCCUCCUCUGUACUCUGAGAUUGAUCCUAACCCAGAUCACUCCGGCUGUGCAGAGGAGCGCAGGCUCGAUGCCUGUCCAUCACGCUGAGCGUUUCCUUAAACUUACCCCAAGUGAGUCGGGGUACCUAAAGGAACCGCCUUGAAAGGCCGAACUUGAACAUUUUCUCGGAUGACGACAUUGACACAAUGCUGUUGAUAUCUGGAGAAAACCGUGAGAUCUGACCUACAAAAGACUUGCCCAACGUCGAGCCGGACGAGGCGACGCAUUCUCCGCCUUUUCCUCAGAAAGAGAAAAAGACUUCUCCGCUAUGGGGUUUCACCAUCUUCCUGAGGAAUAUUCAGCCUGCGUGGAGGCUGGCAGUGGAGCCCUGGUGAGGAAGUUGGAGGAGGAGGAGUCACCAAGGCUCAGCCUGCCAAGCUCCUCUUC